UUACAAUGAAACUUUUACCCGGUGAUCAGUCCUGGGUUAUCAAUCACGAACUGAAUGCGCAUGUGUGCAACUGCCGGACCAAAACAGUCUGAGCUGGCAGUCAGGUAGGCCAACGAGUCCGACAAGAAGCCAGUGAGUAAACACCGCCCAACAGGUGUACGCAGGUCCACCACCGAAGUCGAAAGGCUCCUUACUCCGACUGUCUGCGGCAACAUUUGCCUUCCUGACUGCCUUCAAUAAAUGUCCACUAAGGGACUUUUUCAGAGGAUUUAAGGCGCCGGAUUCGAAGCAGAAUAAAUGGUUUAUCCUGUGUGUCGGAUAUGGCGUCUGCUUCUCCUGGGAGGAUUCGUGCUGCCAGGGCUGCGGCAUGUCAGCGGAAUACAGAUUCACACUCCGAGUGAGGUGGAGGCGGUCAACGGGACAAACGUGAGAUUGAAAUGCACGUUCACGUCCAGUCACCCGGUGACACUUCAGUCCGUCGCAGCGUCCUGGAACUUCCGUCCCUUAAAUUCAGGAUCGGAGGAGUCGGUGUUUUACUACAAGGACGAACCAUACCCUCCUCAGCACGGGCGUUUUAAAGACCGGGCGGUGUGGUCGGGAGAUAUUUUGAAACAGGACGUCUCCAUCACCCUGCAUGAGGUGCCUCCAACCUUUAAUGGCACCUACAUCUGCCAGGUGCGCAACCUGCCAGAUGUGCACGGCAGUAGCGGAGAGAUCGUCCUCCGAGUCGUCAACAAAGCCUCCCUCUCAGAGAUCGGCAUCCUGGCGGCUGCAGUUGGAGGCGCCUGUGGUAUAAUCCUGAUCCUCCUCGGUAUCUUCGUGGCCAUGAGGUUCUACAGGAGAAAGCGCGCGGAAAACGACCUUGAGCUGCAACCACGGGAGCACGAGCGGAAGGACCCGACAGUGUGUUUACCUGAAGAGGCAGUUCAUCUGAAAGCUGUGAUGCUGGAGAAGGAAGUUGAUAGUUCAGAUGAUGAAGAGUCUGAACCCAGCAGUGGAGAUGAUGAGGAAGAGGAAGGCGCUGAAGGAGAUGACGAUGAUGAUGAUGACGACGAUGAUGAUGAUGACGACGAUGAUGAUGAUUAAAUGGACACGCUAGAUUGAUUAGAAUUGUAGUUUUGCUUUAAUGUUUAGAUGACAUGUAAUUUAUUGUACUUUUUCAGUGCAUCGUGGUCACUGAGUCACAUUGAUGCAGUAAAUGUUCUCCAUCAAAUGAGCAUCACACAUCUACUGCAUCACAGCGCUCCACUCAUGAUGGACAGUUUCUUAGAAAGCAUCACAAUAGGCGCAGCAGAAAAACACACAUCUUGUAUUACACUUGUUCUUCUUUUGCUGCCUGCAUUCCCCACAAUGCAACACAACCACCAUCUGUUCAGUUACAGAUUCUGGUGUGUUAUGCUAGUAGCAGCCUAACGUAGCCUUGAGCCUCUGGCCUCAAGCAGACAUGAGGACUAGCUACAGAGGUCUGGUAAGGUCAGUUUUUUCUCGAAAUUUUCCUUCAGUCAUUUAAAGCUGCAGCCCCGACACGAGUCACGUGACGUCACUUGAGGCAAUUUAUCAGACUCUAAAACUUUUUACUCCCAUUUUAAUAUUCACGUGUAAGUCUGUGGAGUCCACCUUUAAUUUCUGUGUGUAUGAUGGAUGUGAGUGUGGUUUGUUGCAUAUUUUACAUUUUUUGUGCUAAUUUGAUGGGAUUUCCAGAAAGCUGCUGCUGGAAAUCUAUUGCCUGAGAUCAAUGUCGUGAUAACUAAUUAAUUUUCAUGUUGAAUAAAUGGAGUUUAGAUUUUUGAAUAGAGGAGCCAGUUAAAUAUGGCUCAUUUUUAAAAGUACCCCAUACCAGUGCAGAGUGUUUGUCCAGCUGUGGUGUUCAGUGUUCAUCCUGUUCAUUUUCUAAAAGCAUCAGCCGAGGAGACAAAUCAGAAUUUGAAUUAAGAUUCAGACUUCAGUUGUUCCAUAGUGUGUCUUUGCAGAGGAGAUUGAAUGCUGCUGGAAAUGAAACAGGAAAAUGGGUGCUGUCAGCGAGACCACCGUCGUUUGCAUGAGCGAUUUUGUAUUUAGAUUUUGUACAUAGUGUAAAAUAAGCACAACUUUACACUUUUUAACUCAAACCCUGAAAUGUUUUACACUAUUCAGCAACUCUGGAAUAAAGAACUUUUUUUUUUUAAUGA